GGGUCACCGCCGCCGCGCUGCACAAACAACCCUGCAAUGACGUCUCCCUCCGCCGCCUCCAGAUCCCUCCGCCCUCCGCCAGUACCACAGAGGGAGGGGAGGGGGACAAGGUGAGCGACGGCGGGAUGUAGGAGAGCACGUUCCGGGAGCCUCUCAGCAAGGACCGCUCUCAUUUUGGCUUCCUGAACUCCUCGACAAGUUGGUAUUCUUUAUGCUUAGACCCAUUGGAUUAAAAGCCAUCGUGACCGAAACACCACCCUGUUUCCCCCCUUCACUGACUUAGGCUCGGCUGGGUGGGGAGAGACGGACGCAUCCGGGUCCAGGGACUUCAGGGAAAGGAGGUGGAAUGACGUCAGGUCACGUGACACCGGCGGCGUUGUCAACAAUCCACCCCUGACGGGGAGGGGUGAGGUAGCUAGAACCACGCGUCCCUAUGACGCGAUUAGAAUGGAUCACGUGGGACCGCCGCCUGAAUCAGUCUCAGCCAGCUCUAUGAUGCGGGUACCCAAGUUUAUGGGUAUUAGGGUGGGGUACACCUGUAUCAGUCUGUCUCACGUACAGGGACUACAUUAUCGAUGAGGUCAUGCCGGAAGCAGGUUUGUCUUUCUAAAUCUUUAAAAUGGAGCCCAAAAUAAUUUGGACAUAAAAUUCCCUCUCGUUGUUUCAGUGGUUAAUCAGUCUGGCUCUUAAGGCAAAGUAGUAGUGUAGGGACUUUCUCGAUCUUUUAAUAAGCGCAGCAUUAAAUGCUGAGGCCCACACGAAACAAAAUCCCCUGAAAUUCUUCCUUAGGUCACCAAAUAGCCUCUUUCUUUUGCAGUGGAGUUUUCAGGAUUGGAAAUUCUGGGCAAAGAUUAAAAAACGGUGUACAGAUUGUCCACGGCUUUUUUGUUGUUGUUGUUUAAAAUAAGCACGGAAUUAAAAGUUUUGUUUUUCCUGUAUGGUUCUCUCAUUUGAGGACUUGUGUUAAGAAUCCAUGGGUUGGGCUACGGUAGGGAAUCGUAUUUGUCAAGAACUGCGAGGGUGCGACAGGUGAUCUGUUGUUAAAGAAACCUACAAAUACGAUUCAGAUCUGCGGGAGAUGUGCUGACAUGGGUGGGACUUAUUUAUAUAUCUAGCCUGAGAGAACUCAUUUCUGGUUUUCUACACUAGCCAAGCAAGGCCCAAAUGAGCAAGAAGUGUCCAUCCUGUGCCAUUUUCUCUUCACUGAGUUUCCUCCAUCUAUAGUCUUUAACUGACUCCAGGUCUUUGUUGCUCAGGAUGACUCUCAGUAAUUUUUCAUAUUUACUUGACAAAUUCUUCAGCUCAAGGCAGGGAAAUUUCUUUGCAUUGUAUCAGUCUUUCUUCAGCUUGCCUGUAUUUCCAAGAAACCAGGAAGGGUUAGCUUUACUGGUACCUCCCUUUUUUCAAAUCCUGAAUUCUAUCGUUAGCUUUUAGUAACAGCCUUGGUGAUCAAGCUAAAAAAAAAAAAGCUAGGCCUAACUCUUGAUAGGUCCUGCUAUUCAAUCACAAAUGUGAUUCUCUAAGUCAAAAGCUGAUUUUUUUUGCCUUCCUACCAUAUUCUCCACAGCUAGGGAGUAAAACAGACGGUAUAGGGUACCACGCAGUGAAAUGCUAAAGAAAAAAGGUUAAAGAGUUACUUUUUAAAAACCCUGUGAUGUAAUUUAUCUAGCAAUUUUAAUUGUACAUGGUUUUCCAAAAUGAAGUAACAUUUUUGACAAAUUCUGUCAAGGAUCUUCAUAGUCUUAGAGCGAUGUAUAAGGAAGAAUCAUUGGCUGUUCAGGUCUCCAAGCCUGCCACAGCCUAUUUGUAAAAUGAAUAAUUUCAAGCUAAAACUGUAUAAAACCCAUUGCCAUCGAGUCAUUCCAACUCAUAGUGACCAUAUAGGGCAGAGUAGAACUGCCCUGUAGGGUUUCCAAGGAGUGCCUCGUGGUUUCGAACUGCCGACCUCUUGGUUGGCAGCUGUAGUACUUAACCAUUACUGCUGCCAGGGUUUCUGAAAUUGUAUAGUCUUAUCAAUUCCGUGGAAACCCUGGCAGGAGUAGUGGUUAAGAGCUACAGCUGCUAACCAAAAAGGUCGGCAGUAUGGAAUUGACUCGACGGCAGUGGUUUUGGUUUUUUUGUUUUGAACAAUUCUGUGGCUCUAGAUUGUGAGCUCACUGAGGGCAGAGACCAGUCUGAUUCAUGUUCUGUUCUUUACAAAUAUUUAACCCACAAUAAAUGUUAAAUAAAUAUGCUUACAGCAAGUCUGGGCUGGCUGUAAGAUUAACUUUGACACUCAUAGAUUACAAGGAUUUUUAAACAUUGUUGAGUAACUUUUCAAAAGGAAAGACGACUCUGAAUAUUUUGCUAAUGAAAAGGAAAACCAGGAUCAUUCCUCCUCACUCUCCCCACUCAGAAGCUCUAAACCGUAGCAGCAUAUUAGAAACACUUGGAGGAACUUUUAAAAUACCAAUUCCUUUACCCCAAACCCAGUGCCGUCGAGUCGAUUCCGACUCAUAGCGACCCUAUAGGACAGAGGAGAACUGCCCCAUAGAGUUUCCAAGGAGCGCCUGGUGGAUUUGAACUAGGGUCUCUUUGGUUAGCAGCCAUAGCACCUAACCACUGCACCACCAGGGUUUCCUCCUUUACCCCAUCCCAAGUGAAUCAGAAUUUCUGGGAGUGAGGACUUCUUAAAAGCUAUCCAGGUGUGAUUUUAAUGUCCAUGUUGGGGUGGGAAGCACUGGGCUAGAUUUAUUAGAUAACAAUAUUAGAUAAUAAUUUAUUUAGAGGAAGCAUGGUGGGAUUUGACCUUAUACACUUAUCUCAUUUUACAGAAGAAACUAAAACCCCGAGAAAGGCAGUACUUCCUAGGUACUUGUUCGGCAUUACUCUAGUUAUUCAUUUUUAAGCUGUCACUACAGUUGAACCCUAUGUCCAGUCCUUAAGCAAUUAAACACUGGCCCCUUUUUCUCUGUGCUAUUGCAUGUCACUCCCUGUGUGUGGUAAAAUCCUUUGAAUUACUUUCUUCAGGGUCUUUUCCCCAAGGGGCUAUUUUAACAUGUAGUGAGGGACUUUUUUAAAAAGGAUUACUAGGAGUUGGAAGAAAUUUUAAAGAGAGGUGUUCACGAAAUAUUCUUGAUGAUAUACCCGUUUAAGGAUGAAUGUCAACACCUGAGGUCAAACUCAGGUCCAUGGAAUAUUAUUGUACUAAGUAACUUAAAAUUUUAACAAAAACCACACAAGACUUUCUUGGAAGUCUCGCUUUACAAACUAUCACAGCUUAAUGACAAAAGCCAUUCUUUUAGCGGCGGGUGUUCUCCAGCCUGGUGGCGUCCGCGACGCAUGCCACACACUCAUGCUGAUGUCAAAAUGUGGAUGCUUCCCAUCCCGCUCAAAACUAACCUUGUGAGGAGGCCCCGAGUUUGAGCGAAGCCAAACCCACCAAGACCCCAACGGAUCCCCAAGCAAGCUUCCAUUUUAGCGCGCUCCAGGAGCCCUUUCCGCUUUUUCUCACUUUCCUUCCGGGUCGGACCCGGCCGAUAAUCCGGUCUUGCGCACUAGGGGCAGAGUGUUGUGCUCGUCGCUGCGUUGCCAUGGUAGCGGGCGGCUGCGAGCUGGCGGGGUUGGCUGGCAGAGGCGGGUCCGUGUCCCGUUGCCCGGCUGGGACUGCGCGGAGCUAGGCUGACAGGACUGCAGAAUGGGCUGAGGCGGCGGUGGCUGCCCGGACUAACUCGACAGCGGGGUGAGGGGCGCGACUCCGGUCCAGGACCUUAGACGUCGGAUUUGAGGAGCGGGCGGGACUUAGGCUUUCCUCAGUCCCGGGCCUGAUGUGUGGGAGCUGCAGUGGUGCGGGGACCUAAUAUUUGACGAAGGAAUGACAGGAAGUGUUGGGACUACACACUUCAUAGAUGGGUGACACGUAGUAAGGGAACCUCAGUGUUAAUGGGAAUAACCGAGGCAGCCGAGCCAUAAGUUCUGGUAAGGGCAGGAGCCCCAUAGGAACACUUCAUUGGCGGGCUGGCGGAGUGCUCAAAGACAGAUUCUGUGGAAAAGAUUCGUGAUUUUUUCUAUGUUUCUGUAUUUGAAAGUAUGGGUUUAUUUUGGAAAUGCAUUAUCCAGCUUGAAUAAAUAAAACUAUAAACGUUUAACAUUUUUUUUUCCUUUAUUUCUCUGAGGAAGUAGAAGCCAGACUUUAAAAUGGAGAUGUAUGAAACCCUUGGAAAAGUGGGAGAGGGAAGUUAUGGAACAGUCAUGAAGUGUAAACAUAAGGUUACUGGGCAGAUAGUGGCCAUUAAGAUAUUUUAUGAGAAACCAGAAAAAUCUGUCAACAAAAUCGCAACGAGAGAAAUAAAGUUUCUAAAGCAAUUUCGUCAUGAAAACUUGGUCAAUCUGAUUGAAGUUUUUAAACAGAAAAAGAAAAUUCAUUUGGUAUUUGAAUUUAUUGACCACACAGUAUUAGAUGAGUUGCAACAUUAUUGUCACGGACUAGAGAGUAGAAGACUUAGAAAAUACCUCUUCCAGAUUCUUCGAGCAAUCGAAUAUCUUCACAGUAAUAAUAUCAUUCAUCGAGAUAUAAAACCUGAGAAUAUUUUAGUAUCCCAGUCAGGAAUUACUAAGCUCUGUGAUUUUGGUUUUGCAAGAACACUAGCAGCUCCUGGAGACAUUUAUACGGACUAUGUGGCCACACGCUGGUAUAGAGCUCCAGAAUUAGUAUUAAAAGAUACCACUUAUGGAAAACCUGUAGAUAUCUGGGCUUUGGGCUGCAUGAUCAUUGAGAUGGCCACUGGAAAUCCCUAUCUUCCUAGCAGCUCUGAUUUGGAUUUACUGCAUAAAAUCGUUUUAAAAGUAGGCAACUUGACACCUCACUUGCAGAAUAUUUUUUCCAAGAGCCCCAUUUUUGCUGGGGUGGUCCUUCCUCAAGUUCAACACCCCAAAAAUGCAAGAAAAAAAUACCCAAAGCUAAAUGGAUUGUUGGCAGAUAUAGUUCAUGCGUGUUUGCAAAUUGAUCCUGCUGAGAGGAUAUCAUCUACUGAUCUUUUGCAUCACGAGUAUUUUACUAGGGAUGGAUUUAUUGAAAAAUUCAUACCAGAACUGAGAGCUAAAUUAUUACAAGAAGCAAAAGUCAAUUCAUUUAUAAAGCCAAAAGAGAAUUCUAAAGAAAAUGAACUUAAGAAAGAUGAAAGAAAACCAAUUUAUAGCAAUACGCUGCUAAAUAGUUCAGUUUUGGGAAAGGAAAUAGAAAAAAAGCCCAAGGAGAUUAAAGUCAGAAUUAUUAAAGUCAAAGGAGGAAAAGGAGAUAAUGCAGAAUCAAAAAAGAUAGACUAUGAAGGCGGACAUUGUCAACAGAAUGCAAUUGAAAAUGCUCAUGCUGUGUCUCAAGAUAAGAAACCUGUAAUCAUUGAACCUCCAAACCCUGUCAACCCCAGCAUUAGUUCUAAUGGCAUGAAAGAAGAAUCACAUGCUGGGGGUUGUAUGACAAUGCCACCCAUCAAUCUAACUAGCAAUAAUUUGAUGGCUGCAAAUCCUAAUUCAAAUCUCACCCACUCCAAUCCAAGGUUAACUGAAAAAGCAAAAAAGAGACGGACUUCUUCACAGUCUACUGGACACAUUAUGUCUAAUAGCAGGCAAGAGGAUACAGGUCCCACUCAAAGUCAAACAGAGAAGGGUGUAUUUAAUGAGCGAACAGGUCAAAGUGACCAAAUGGCAAAUGGGAACAAAAGGAAGCUGAGUUUUCCCAGAUCAGACAGGAAAGAAUUCCACUUCCCAGAAUUGCCUUUCACAAUACAGCCAAAGGAGAUGAAAGGAGUGGAAGUUAAACAAGUAAAAGUGCAGAAGAGGGAGCCAAAGAAAACAGAUUCAUCUAAAAUACCAACUUUACUUAACGUGGAUCAAAAUCAAGAAAAACAAGAGGGUGGAGAUGGCCAUUGUGAGGGGAAGAAUUUGAAGAGGAACAGAUUUUUUUUCUGGUAGAGUCUUUUCUUUUAAAUAAUCUUAAAAAAAAAAAACAAAUUGGCAACUCUUCCGUUUUUAUUUUACAUGGAAAUGUAACGUGAGCUGUUAAGACAGCCGUCCAUCUGUAUUAGCAUCAUCCAGCUUUUUGUUUUGUUAUUAGGAAAACAUUCAUGUUUUCUUUUUUCAUUUUUCCAUCUAAGAACUCUGUUGAUGUGAUGUUUGAUUUGGAAUUAAAAAAUCAUCUCCUCUCUGUCUGCUUCUUUACUUGCCAUGAUGGUGACAUAUUCUGUCACAUGACACAAACCGAACUUGCACUGAUUUCUGUCCUCUGAUAGACACA